CUAGCCGUGCGCAUGCGUAGGAGAAGCUAGCCUGCUCCAACGCGGCACUUCCGGGAGAGAGGCUGACGUGUGACGGAGAGCAGGAGCGGCGGAGACGGCGGAGUAGUCCGGACAAUGCUGACCAAAUUCGAGACCAAGUCUGCGAGGGUGAAAGGCCUGAGCUUUCACCCCAAGCGCCCCUGGGUGCUCACCAGCCUGCACAAUGGCGUCAUCCAGCUGUGGGACUACCGCAUGUGCACCCUAAUCGACAAGUUCGACGAGCAUGACGGCCCGGUGCGCGGCAUUGACUUCCACAAGCAGCAGCCCCUCUUUGUCUCCGGAGGGGACGACUACAAGAUUAAGGUCUGGAACUACAAGCUGCGCCGAUGUCUCUUCACCCUCUUGGGUCACCUGGACUAUAUCCGCACCACCUUCUUCCAUCACGAAUACCCCUGGAUCCUCAGCGCCUCCGACGAUCAGACCAUCCGCAUCUGGAACUGGCAGUCUCGCACUUGUGUCUGCGUCCUGACCGGUCACAACCACUACGUGAUGUGCGCCCAGUUCCACCCCUCCGAGGACUUGGUAGUGUCCGCCAGCUUGGACCAGACAGUGCGCGUUUGGGAUAUUUCUGGCCUAAGAAAGAAGAACCUGUCCCCGGGGGCGGUGGAGACGGACGUGCGAGGGAUCACCGGGGUGGACUUAUUCGGCACCACCGACGCUGUGGUCAAGCACGUUCUGGAGGGACAUGACCGUGGGGUUAACUGGGCGGCUUUCCACCCCACCAUGCCUUUAAUUGUGUCCGGGGCGGAUGACCGCCAGGUCAAGAUCUGGAGGAUGAACGAGUCCAAGGCCUGGGAAGUGGACACCUGUCGCGGACACUACAAUAACGUCUCCUGCGCCGUCUUCCAUCCUCGUCAGGAGCUCAUCCUCAGUAACUCUGAGGACAAAAGCAUCCGUGUCUGGGACAUGUCUAAGAGAACCGGAGUCCAAACGUUCCGCAGAGACCAUGACCGCUUCUGGGUCCUGGCUGCUCACCCCAACCUGAACCUCUUUGCAGCAGGACACGAUGGGGGAAUGAUCGUAUUCAAGCUGGAGAGGGAGCGCCCUGCCUAUGCCGUGCAUGGGAACAUCUUGUACUAUGUGAAGGACCGUUUCCUGCGGCAGCUGGACUUCAACAGCUCUAAGGACGUGGCCGUGAUGCAGCUCAGGAGCGGCUCCAAGUUCCCAGUGUUCAACAUGUCCUAUAACCCGGCUGAGAACGCAGUCCUGCUCUGCACGAGGGCCAGUAACCUGGAGAACAGCACGUAUGACCUGUACACCAUCCCCAAGGAUUCCGACUCCCAGAAUCCUGAUGCCCCAGAGGGGAAGCGUUCCUCCGGCCUGACGGCUGUGUGGGUGGCUCGUAAUCGGUUUGCGGUCCUGGAUCGCAUGCAUUCCAUCCUCAUCAAGAACCUGAAGAAUGAGAUCACCAAGAAGGUCCAGGUGCCGAACUGCGAUGAGAUCUUCUACUCGGGGACCGGGAACCUGCUGCUCCGAGACGCCGAUUCCAUCACCUUGUUUGAUGUGCAGCAGAAGCGAACGCUCGCUUCUGUGAAAAUCUCCAAAGUGAAGUAUGUGAUCUGGUCAUCGGACAUGUCUCACGUGGCUCUUCUGGCUAAACACGCCAUUAUGAUCUGCAACAGAAAGCUGGAAUCUCUAUGUAACAUCCACGAGAACAUCCGAGUCAAGAGCGGCGCCUGGGACGAGAGUGGAGUCUUCAUCUACACCACCAGCAACCACAUCAAAUACGCGCUCACCACCGGAGACUACGGCAUCAUCCGGACCCUUGAUCUGCCCAUUUAUAUCACACGAGUGAAGGGCAACAACGUCUACUGCCUGGACCGGGAGUGCCGUCCUCGGGUGCUGACCAUCGACCCAACAGAGUUCAAGUUCAAGUUGGCGCUAAUUAACAGGAAGUAUGAUGAGGUCCUGCAUAUGGUGAGAAAUGCCAAGCUGGUGGGCCAGUCCAUCAUUGCCUACCUGCAGAAGAAAGGUUACCCUGAGGUGGCGCUGCACUUUGUGAAAGACGAGAAGACAAGGUUCAGCCUGGCCCUGGAGUGCGGUAACAUUGAGGUCGCUCUUGAAGCUGCCAAAGCCUUGGAUGAUAAGUACUGCUGGGAGAAGCUGGGCGAGGUGGCCUUGCUGCAGGGCAACCAUCAGAUUGUAGAGAUGUGCUACCAGCGCACCAAAAAUUUCGACAAGCUCUCCUUCCUGUACCUGAUCACUGGUAACCUGGAGAAACUGCGCAAGAUGAUGAAGAUUGCUGAGAUCCGUAAAGAUUUCAGUGGUCAGUACCAGAACGCUCUGUACCUUGGAGACGUGGAGGAGCGGGUGAAGAUCCUUAAGAACUGUGGACAGAAGUCUCUGGCCUAUCUCACCGCUGCCACCCACGGAAUCACCGAGGAGGAAGAAAAUUUACGGGAGACUUUCGACCCCGAAAAAGAAAUUAUUCCCGAGGUGGAUCCCGAUGCAAAGUUGCUCUUGCCCCCUCCUCCGGUGAUGCCCCUGGACACUAACUGGCCUCUGCUCACCAUGUCGAAAGGCUUCUUUGAAGGAUCCAUAUCCAGUAAAGGUAAAGGAGCGAUGGCGGCUGACAUCGAUGUGGAUGCGGUGGGAGGAGAAGGCUGGGGAGAAGAUGCUGAGCUUGCCCUGGAUGAAGAUGGCUUUGUGGACGCUGGCGAAACAUUUGGAGACGAGGCUACUGGAAAAGGACAGGAAGAAGGAGGUGGCUGGGAUGUGGAAGAAGACUUGGAUCUUCCUCCUGAGUUGGAUGUUGCUGCUGGUUCUUCUGGCUCUGGAGAAGAUGGCUUCUUCGUGCCACCUACUAAGGGCAGUAGUCCAGCACAGACUUGGUGUAACAACUCUCAGCUCCCUGUGGAUCACAUUCUGGCAGGCUCUUUUGAGACAGCAAUGCGGCUUCUCCAUGACCAGGUGGGGGUGGUGAACUUUGCAGCUUAUAAGCAGCAUUUUCUGCACACCUUCUCCAGGGGGCGCAGCACUUACCAGGCACUGCCGGGACUCCCAGCUAUGUACGGUUAUCCCCAGCGGAACUGGAAGGAUUCUGGAUUGAAGAACGGACUCCCAGCUAUCGGCCUGAAGCUCAGCGACCUGAUCCAGCGUCUUCAGCAGUGCUACCAGUUGACCACAACCGGCAAGUUUGAGGAAGCGGUGGAGAAGUUCCGUCUGAUCCUCCUCAGCGUUCCCCUUCUGGUCGUAGACAACAAGCAGGAGAUUGCAGAGGCCCAGCAGCUGAUCACAAUCUGCAGAGAGUAUAUAGUGGGAUUGUCCAUGGAAAUCGAGAGAAAGAAGCUUCCCAAGGACACCCUGGAGCAGCAGAAGCGUAUUUGUGAGAUGGCAGCCUAUUUCACACACUCCAGCCUUCAGCCGGUCCACAUGAUCCUGGUCCUGAGAACAGCGGUUAACCUCUUCUUCAAGCUGAAGAACUUCAAAACGGCCGCCUCCUUCGCCAGGCGACUGCUGGAGCUAGGGCCUAAACCUGAAGUGGCGCAGCAGACGCGUAAGAUUCUCGCCGCUUGCGAGAAAAACCUUACCGACACCUACCAGCUCAACUACGACAUGCACAACCCCUUCGACAUCUGUGCCGCCUCUUACCGGCCCAUAUACAGGGGCAAACCAGUGGAGAAAUGUCCUCUCAGUGGAGCUUGUUACAGCCCCGAGUAUAAAGGACAGAUCUGCAGGGUCACCACGGUGACUGAAAUCGGAAAAGAUGUCAUCGGCUUGAGGAUCAGCCCCCUACAGUUCCGUUAGGGUCUCGGUCAUUAAAUCGUCCUAUUAUUUUUCUUAUUGUCCAUCCUGUGCCGCGGACUCCGCUCCUCCGCUAAGCUUCUUAGUCGGCCUCAUUUUGCUACCCUGUAAUUCAGUAAAUCUUCAUCCUUUCCUUAUGUGAAAUAAAAAUUAACAAUCCGAA